AUGGAUUCCUAUGAUGUAAUAGCAAAUCAACCAGUUGUUAUCGAUAAUGGGUCUGGGGUAAUAAAGGCUGGGUUUGCUGGUGACCAGACGCCAAAGUGUCGUUUUGCUAAUUUUGUUGGACGACCAAAGCAUACAAGAGUAAUGGCUGGUGCUCUGGAGGGUGACUUGUUCAUAGGUCCGAAAGCACAAGAGUAUCGAGGACUGCUGUCGUUGAAAUAUCCAAUGGAGCAUGGCAUAGUAACGGAUUGGAAUGACAUGGAACGCGUAUGGCAGUAUAUUUAUAGUAAAGAUCAGUUGCAGAUAUUCCCAGAAGAACAUCCAGUGUUGCUUACAGAAGCACCUCUUAAUCCACUUAAAAACCGAGAAAAAUCAGCUGAAAUUUUCUUCGAAACUUUUAAUAUACCUGCACUGCACAUCCAAAUGCAAGCUGUGCUUUCGCUUUAUUCAACAGGUCGUACAACAGGUGUCGUUUUAGACUCAGGAGAUGGUGUUACACAUGUUGUACCUAUCUUUGAGGGUUUUGCUAUACAGCACGGAAUUGAGAGAAUGGAUGUCGCAGGACGAGACGUGACCAGAUAUCUUCGUCUCUUACUUCGCAAAGAAGGAGCUAACUUUCAUCGUUCAUCAGAAUUUGAAAUUGUACGGGAAAUUAAGGAAAAAAUGUGUUACAUUGCUACAAAUGCUGCAAAAGAAGAAAGUAGCGAAAGCGAGAAAACCGCUUAUAAACUGCCCGAUGGUUCGACACUUGAAAUUGGACCAGCAAGAUUUCGUGCUGCUGAGAUACUGUUUCGGCCAGACAUUAUUGGCGAGGAAUGGCCAGGCAUUGCAAAUGCUCUCGAUUUGUCCAUUAGACGUUGUGAAAUAGAUCUGCGGAAAAAUCUGUAUAGUAAUAUUGUAUUAAGUGGUGGAUCAACCAUGUUCGCUGGAUUUGGGGAUCGAUUAUUAGCUGAAACGCGUCGUUUGGCACCAAAAGACGUGAAGAUUCGGAUAUCUGCACCGCAGGAGCGGUUGUACGGUACAUGGAUAGGAGGUUCAAUUCUAGCCAGUCUUGAUACUUUCAAGAAGAUGUGGGUUAGCAAAAAGGAAUAUGAAGACGAAGGGAAGAAAGUGCUACAUAGGAAGACAUUCUGA